AUCAGUCCUCGUAAAAUGUAUAAUGUGCAAUGACGCGAUCUUUUUUCAAUCGUUUACGUUAAAUUCUAAAAGUGUUUUUGGCACUUUUUUGCACAAAGUAUGUAUAAUAAUGAAGUGUAUUGCGAGUAACGAGAUUAUAUAUUAAAUGAUAUUUAAAUUGACUGAAUUAGCAUUUUUACUCAAAUUUGCAACUUCCACUUUGGUAACAAGUAUUUAAAAUGAGUGUCUGUAACAGAGUGUUUAGAUUGACAAGAUCAUUUAUCAGUCUCAUGAUGACAGCAGAAAUAAAACAUUAUUCACAAAUUGGAUUCGUCGGAUUAGGCAACAUGGGUGGCCAUAUGGCAAAAAAUCUAUUGAAGAAGAAUUAUAAACUCACUGUAUAUGAUUUGAAUAAAUCAGCAGUAUCAAAUUUAGUGGAAGCCGGUGCAAAUAGCGCAUCGAACGUGGCUGAAAUGUCGAGGGAAGUUGAAAUUGUCAUUUCAAUGUUGCCUUCAAAUCAACAUGUCGUCGAUGUUUACACCGGUGAAAAUGGCAUACUCAGUGCAGCAAAGAAGAAUGUUUUACUGAUCGAUAGCAGCACUGUGGAUCCAUCGGUAUCUCAAUCGAUCGCUUCGCAAGCUAAAAAAGAUAAUCUGAGAUUUAUCGAUAGUCCCGUGUCGGGAGGUAUAAAUGCGGCCAAGGACGGUACUUUGACUUUUAUGGUUGGCGGUUCGAAUAUAGAUUUUGAUUAUGCAAAAUCUAUACUCGAAGCUAUGGGAUCUAGAAUUGUUUAUUGUGGCGACAUAGGCAUGGGUCAAGCCGCUAAAUUAUGUAAUAACAUGCUAUUAGCUAUUAGUAUGAUUGGCACUGCAGAGGCGUUUAAUCUUGGACAAAAGUUGGGCUUAGACGCCAAAGUGUUAGCGAACAUUGUAAAUUCUAGCUCAGGAAAAUGCUGGUCUUCCGAUCUUUACAAUCCGGUUCCAGGAAUAUUACCUAAUGUUCCAAGUUCCAAAAAUUAUGAGGGUGGUUUUGGCACAACAUUGAUGGCCAAAGAUUUAGGAUUAGCUCAAUCUGCUGCAAUCAGGACGCAAGCUCCGAUUCCUCUCGGUUCUCUAGCACAUCAGAUUUAUAGAACAAUUAUUGCUCACGGAUUUUCGAAUAAGGAUUUUAGCGUAGUUUAUCAAUUCCUUAAAGGUAAAAAUUGAAAAGACUUGAAAAAAUAUUAAAAUUACAUUUAUUCAAGGAUGGGAAAGUUACUUUUUAAAAGUAACACGUUACCGUUACUUGUUACCGAGUAAAAAAAGUAAAUCGUUACAGUUAUUAAUUACUUAUUUUUAAAAGUUAUUGUUACCGUUACUUUAAAAGUAACGAUUCGUUACUUUUCCCGUUACUUUUAAUGUUAAAACAA